AUGGGUGGAGUUAAGGAGCAACCCGCCUUGGCGCCAGAGGAGUUGGCAGUUCUGGUCCAUGCAGUGCUUAUGAGUGACGAAGAGCUGCAUAACCAUGAGGGAGAACACUCCGGCCUCGGAGAAACUUCAUUGACGCCCUAUUCCGUGUUCAUGUACUUGACUGGGGGUCCUCGAGCCUCGUCGACAUCCUCUGAUUGGCCAAUAGAUGGCGUCCAGUUUUCCAGUAUUGGCGCCUGCUGUUCGAGUCGGGGCAAUAUAUCUGAGCUCUGGGAGGACAAUCCGCUGAAAGGAGCAGACGACUUACCAUAUCGAUGGACGUUGGCAAGCAAGAAAUCGGAACGCCGGAUCCUUGUUGCCGGCACACCAAAUAAACGCAAAUAUCCGGGAUCAAAUUCGGGCUCUUUGCCUCCCACCAUCACUGCGUUCGCAGUGCCGAAUCGAUCUUCCUUGCCUCGCCUACAUCUAGAGAAGAAAAAGCGGCUCGAAUCCUUUAACCUUCUGCCAGUCUCGCUGCUAUUUUUCCUCAUAAUCAUCUGGGGGCAGUCUUCAACGAGUACAAGCAUUGCUGGAAGCGCUACUGGAACAGCUAUGAGCGAGACUACGAUGUUAAGCUCAACUUCAAGGAAUAGCAAGGAGUAUGAGCUCGAGUACUAG